CCAGCCCCCACUUACGGAGGCCCCGGCUACCCCACGGAUGCCUUUGGACAGCCCGCGUUUCAGCAGGGGGCCCCCGGCUUCGGACAGCCCGCUUAUCCUGGCCAGCAGGUCCCUUUCCCACAGGUGCCUUUUCCACAGAUGCCCUACCCACAGGGCCCCUACCAGCAGGGCCCCCAGCAUCCGGGGUUCCAGCCCCAGGGCCCCACUCCCCACACCGACGACCCCUCCGUCCCGCUCAACAGUCCUGGUUACCAUGGGGACGUGCCUCCUUCUUACUACGAUAAUGAGGAGUUCACCACUUCAACCUGGGAGGACAAGUCCAUUCGACAGGCCUUCAUCCGCAAGGUGUUCAUGGUGUUGACCGUGCAGCUGACGGUGACGUUCGCGUUCGUGGCGAUUUUCACGUUUGUGGACGACGCCAAGCUCUUCGUGCGGCAGCACCCCUGGAUCUACUAUGUGUCCUACGCCAUCUUCUUCGUCUCGCUUAUCGUGCUGAGCUGCUGCGGGGAUUUCAGGCGCAAGCAUCCCUGGAACCUCGUGGCCCUGUCACUCCUGACCCUGAGCUUGUCCUACAUGGUGGGCAUGAUCGCCAGCUUCCACGACACGGACUCGGUCAUCAUGGCGGUGGGCAUCACGGCUGUGGUCUGCUUCACCGUCGUGCUCUUCUCUCUGCAGACGAAGUACGACUUCACGUCCUGCCGGGGGGUGCUGUUAGUGUGCCUCAUCGUGCUGAUUCUCUUCUCCAUCAUCUGCAUCUUCAUCCGGCACCGCAUCCUGCACAUCGUCUACGCCUCCCUGGGAGCCCUGCUCUUCACAUGCUUCCUGGCAGUUGACACCCAGUUGCUCCUUGGAAACAAACAGAUGGCGUUGAGUCCUGAAGAAUAUGUGUUUGCUGCCCUCAACCUCUACACAGAUAUUAUUAACAUUUUCCUCUAUAUUCUGGCCAUCAUUGGGAAGGCUCGAGAAUAACUCAGUGGAGGGGAUGGAUGGAAUGUGAAAGUGUUUUUUUUUUUUCUGCAAAGCAACAGAAGAAGUAGAAGUUCUCUCUGAACAUUUGAUGUGGAAUUGGUUAUGUAUGCUCAUUGCCACAUUAUUUCAGCCAGGCUAUUACUUUUACAUCUCUGCAAACUGCAGAAUCGAAGUUUUAAGAUUUUGUUUUUCUUUAGGAUCAGAAAAAAAUCUUUAAAGUAUGUACAGUAGCUGUAUAUUAAAAGCUGCUUGUUUGGACUAGGCAUUUCCCCCCAAAGUCAUUCCUUUCUGCAACAGGAGGCUGUGUUAACCAUAGCUGAAGAAGUGUGGUAUACUCUUUGCCUGUCCCUUAAACUGGGUGCAAGUGACAGGGCUCAGAAUGGACAGAGACAGUAGACGUACAGUAAAUGCAGUGUGAGAAUCCAUUGCCAUGUGCCCUAUUACCACAUUCAAGUAUGUCUUGGUUUGAAUGAAAAAUAGUCUCUCAGUGUGUAAAAAGACUCCGACAUAAUAUUGAUAACAUUCUGAGAUUCUGGAGAGCAGUUUUUCCUUCUGCUUCUGACUGUUUGCAUUGCUGGAAAAAAAAAGAAAAACGCAGAGCUGACUGCUGUGAAACAUUGGCAACCAAUGCUGAACCUACUUAAGAAAUUCCUCUUGGCUAACUGAUGCCUCUGCAUUUUCUUAUACUUACAGUUACCGUGUACAGCAGUCAAGCACAGUUCAUGGGUCAAAAAGCACGACAAUGCUGAGCUGUAAUGUAAAUCUAUUCAUAUGACUGACUUGCCAUUCUGUUGAAUCGAAUCUGUUAAUAGUAAUACAACUGAGAUGAUCAAUUCUUUUCUGGAGACAGAUCUGAUUGAAGAAAGCUAUUUCAUCACACUCUACCUUGCCUGCUUGUAUGAUGAGACGUUACUGCAUACUUCUACAAUAUCUUCGACAAAAUUAUUCUUAUAGAAAAAAAUAACUUCCGUACUAAUCUCUUAAUACUUAAAGCGGAUAAUAAGCUGAUAUUGUACAGUAAUUCAAAAAUAGCAUGGUCCAUGGAUUUCCUGACUUGCAAGAUUUGAAUGUUCAGUUUCCAUUUCUUACUCCUUUAGUUAUCAUAUUACUGUUUUAUGAGGUAUGUUUGUUGUAGAUCUUUAAAAUUUAAAUAUGAAGGGUAAAUAUACUUCAAUUCCUUUGAGUUUAAACUUCUAAAAAUAUAAAUGUAGAGGGUGGUUUAAUAUGCAUUUGAUUUUUAAUGUUAAUAUGCUCCUGAAACCUGCAAAGAGACAUUUUAAAAUGAAGGAAUACCUAGACUUAACAUGUUAUCUUUGAAGCUACAGGUUACUUUGCAUCUCGUUAACACGCCAUGAACUAUUGGAAAGGUAACAGUACAAAGUUAUUUCUCAGGCAAUAGUCUUUUUGGAUUCCUCCUCAUUUUUUCAGGCUCUCAAGUAAAGACUUGUUAUUUUGGCUUCUUUGUAGUUUUUGUGUAAAGCCUAGAAUUCCCAAUAUAGAUUAGAAUUGAACUGUUUUUAGGAGGAGCACUUGAGGUUUUUUGGGGUGAUCUUUUGGGGUGUUUUUUUUUGUCUGGCUUGACACUAUAGUGUUAUAACACUCUAACUGUAUAAUUGACAAUGUUUUCCAUCAGUAUCGUAGUGAGCAAAGGUAAUCGGUCUCAGCUGAGCCUAGCUGGGUGUUAUUCUGCAGCUCGUAUGUGUUUGAAUUCUAGAUCGUAAUGAAAUCAAGUGAGAAUUUCACCAGUUUACUACUAACCAUUUAAAAAACUAACUUCUUGAUGACCAGAAAUGAUCGGACACAUCGGACCCUAAUUGUAAAAGAAAAGUAGUCUUUGGAAAAUAUCAGAACAAACGGGAAAACAGGUUGGGCUGAAGGAAAACUACAGAGUAACUGUUUGUUCACACCCCUUAGCUGCUGCAUGAAGACUGUGAAAAAAGCAUUUGAAUCCUUACAAACUCCCUGCGUGCAAAAUGAGGCGAGUAGUGGUCUAGCUGAAAUGCUUAAGACAUGACUGGUUCUAAACUAAUGUGAUCGACUUUGUCAGUAUUGCAUCCCAACAGGUGUGACUUUUAGACAAUUUGAAGCACUAAUCCUACAUCAAAGCAGGUUUCACUGAGUCCCAAAUUAGUGUGUGGAUCCCAGCAAGCAUCUUGAACUUUAAUCCAAAAGGUGUAUGUGUUUUGCAUUUUGUAACAUGUAUUUAUUACAUCUGCACGAUCGUUUGUGUGUGUUCCUGCUGCAUUUUUGCAGUCAGUUACAGUAGGUGCACACAUGGUUGAUUUUAAAAAGCAAAAAUGUUGUGUAGCUCACUAGUUUUUCGUUUUUGUUUAACAUUUUUAUUUGUAUGUACAUCUAUUUAAAAUGUAUGUAUAGGUUUUUCUUUCAAGCAGUAGGUUGACGUGUAAAGUAUAAAUAUUGGCUUUGUAGUUCUGUUUGCACUGUAAAACGGGCUCAUUACUGAAAUGAGAGAUAUUGAACUACAUAGCUGUUUGCUUUUCAUUAAAAGAGUAAGAAUACGUUAA